CUGACAGCUGACAUCUGCAUGUGUGAAUAUUACAGAUAGACACAGUGUGUCAGUGUGUGAGUAUUUGUCUUCAUUUUAGACGGCACCGAUGACAAAAGGAAGGAGGAGGAAGAGAUGGACAGAGAGGAACCAAAUCAACAGUUAUCUUCCCUAAAUCGAGGGUUGGUGGUGCUGGUGUGUGUGAAGAGAGAGAGAACUGAAUGAAUCCAUUCAAUUCAUAACCAGUCUAAGUAUAAACGGCCACAUCACAGAUCAUGUCAUCACAGACACUCACAGGACCGUCAAAAGCAGUUGCUACGUGACAAACCCGUGACAAAACCGUGACUCCACUUUCUCACCUACCGACCUGCAACAAGCCGGCAAUACCUCCACGCCCGUUGCCAUGGCGCUGGGACUGCCACCAUGGCCAGGGAAGAGGCUAAGACAGCCAAAAAGUGUGUUUGCUGUGCCCGUCAUUGUUUCUUGUGGCCACCGCGUACCCAGAGCGCGUCGGAGGCUGUGGGCGGGUGCGUAUAAAGUCCGGCCAUCUUACCGCCGGCGCUCCGUUCAUUGGCUGUUCGUCGGAGUAACCCUCGCUUGAUGCCGUCGUGAGGACCCCCCGACUCCACUGCUGCGGGAUGUGGUGACCGUUGCCCACGAGCUAUCGUUGGCUUGCGAAAGGUGGAAUUUUCUCCGCUUUUAGUGGCUUUGUUUUGUUCAGGCUUCCGGGCAGCAAAUGGGUUUUCUCGCUGUGCAGACUUAUCCAAAGCCAAGAGCGCUACGUCAGCGCCAUCUGGAAGGGGAUUGCACACGUUUCCCUUGAUUGCCAGGCUGCCUACCCGUGCAUACUUUCGUAGCAUAAGGGACUGCUGAUAGGUGUACAUAAAAUGAUUGGCCUCACCAGUCCUGUCUUUUGUGCGGAGCAAGCUGCCACCUGUGCAAGCCAGAGCGCCACACCGCAGGUCUAAUAACCCAGGAGACCAGCUGGACGGCCGGCUGGAAGGAUCCGAUCCCUCCCGGUGCAGGUAGCGUGGGGUUAAAGCUUCCCGUGGGAGUGAUUUGUGGCUCAGUACCAGCUUUCGCUCGGUCACUCACUUCACAUUUUUAAAACAAGCGAGAGAAGGAAAGGAAAGGGAGGUCACUCUAAGGAUGACGGAAAUCUUCACGACAGGCCCGCACCUCUGCGGGAAGUACGACCCCACCAUCACAGGGGCCAGCGCUGAUGCGGAGCUAUCCACAGACUCCCUCAUCUUUUACUGCACCGUCCGCAACAUCUACGGCAUCUUCGCUUCCCUCAUCGCCAUCCUGGGCAUCAUCGGAAACAUCAUCUCUCUCGUCAUUCUGCCCAAGACUGGGGUGGCUCGCAGCGCCAUUGUCUUCCUGCAGAGUCUGGGUGUCUACGACACCGUCUUCCUCGCCUCCGGCCUGUUUCUGCGGAACCUACCCUCCGUGUCCAUCGUGGGUCACUCCGGAGUUGUCCUCUCCAACGCCCUCUCACCUUUGCUCUUUCCUCUGACACACAUCUCCCACAUCGGCGCCAUUUACAGCACAAUCUGCAUCUCUGGAGAAAGGUGUAUUGCGGUAGCUUUCCCCCUGCAUGCGGUUCGAAUCCUGACCAUGAAGCGGGUGAAGAUUCUAGCUGGAGUCAUCCUGGUGUGGUCAAUCCUCUUUAACGUUCCUCGUUACCUGAUGCUGGAGCCCACCCGCUACUGGGAGCCGAGCCUGAACCGAACCUGGAUACGCCUGGAGCCAUCUGUCCACUCACUGUCCAGCACGCUGCUCUUCGUCUUCUUCGGCUACGUCACCACCAUCGUCAAGGUGGUCGUCCCGGUCAUCGUCGUGUCAGUCCUCAACGUCAUCCUGCUGUGCUGCCUACGUCGGCGUCGACAUUAUCUCCUGCAACAACAGGUUCGGACAUCAUCUUACGACAGCUACCACGCCCAUUACAGCAGCACUCGCUCGCUGGGCGGACGACAUGCCCUGGGGCGAGGUCACUGGGGUGGAAGGUCAAGGACGAGUCAAGCAUCCAGCCAUCGAGUGACGUCAGUAGUACUGGCCAUCACCAGCGUCUUCCUGCUGAGUCAGCUGUUUGCUGCCGCGCAGGUCCUCAUUCAUCUCCUAGGAUACGAACAGUUGUGUGGACAUCCGUGUGCUGUCUUUACACAGAUAUGUGACACAGUCUUCAUUUUAGUUUCCGCAACCAACUUUCUGCUGUACUACGCUUUUGGCGAGAACUUCCGGAAGAUCAUACGAAAGUAUCUCUGUUGCCGAAGAGUCAAUCCUUCGGUGGAUUCGAUGUCACCGGGUACCCGUCCGGACACCACAGCCAUGUCGCUGAGAGUACAUCACCAUAGCAACGGUGAUGUCUCAGCUGACGUGGAUGGAUCCAACGAGCUUUCGUCCUCAUUGCUGAACAUCAGGACUGAGGGUCCUGCACAGUCCGACAAGGAGGCGGAGGCUCACAGAAAGGAGAGUGAAGAGGAAGGAUGAACAAAAGUCCGUCGUCCUCGUCCUGUGGGGUGGCUUCCAAGAAAUACACCGCUUCUCCAAACAUGAUUCACUGCCGGUUGAAAAAAAAUGGUCUCAAAGGUGGUGAGGAGUUUAAAGUUCCAGACGGCAAUUCGGACAGAAUGAUGGAGCCUUCUGAUUAUGUACCAUGAUUUGUUAAUUUGUGUUACAAACUGCUGUGUGUACAUACACAAUGAAACCUUCGGAAAAAAUAAGACAGAAUCGCACAGGAAAAGUGUAAGAAGGAUGGAAAUGUUUCGGAGUAAAAUUUGUGGUUUUGGGCACGCAACGAACCUGAUGAAGACUAAUGUGAUUCGCACAUGUGUGCAUGUGCGUUUGAUUAUUUGUUUGUUCGCUCGAUAGUUUCUCUGUAUGUGUGUGAGAGAGCAAGAGAGGAGAAGAGCAUGCACGGCCAUUAAUGCUGAUCUGGGGGCGAGUGCCUUUCAAGCUAAAGCCUAAUAAAUUGUUACAAAUGGUCUCCCAUGGGAAUGCUUUCCUGUGCAUGAACUUCAUUUUUGUGUCCACUUCUCGACAGAAAGGUGAGGCUUUGCUAUCAUUAAUGCUCCCAGAUCAAGACAAGUGUCCCGUUAAGGUGGACAUCCUAGUUUGAUAACUUUUUUACCUGUCGGCUCAACGUCUGUUUCAGAAAGAUGGCCGACUCGUUUUUGCAAAGAAGGACUUGUGAAUAAUACACAGUUCCCCUUGCAAUACAUUGAGAAAUUGUACUGAUUAGCAUCAACACUGCAAAAGGGGAUGGGGGAAAGAGAAUUCGCAGAAAAAAAAUAUUUAAAAAAUCUUUGCUGAUUAUUAUUCGUGCACUGAAAGCAAGGCGUGUGAUUACUCUGAUCAAGUGUUGUGCCAGAAUUCGACUCAAUUACCACAACAACAAAAAACAAGUCUGAGCUUCAUCCGGCUCGCAACAAAAGAGGUAGGAGUAUGCUUGUCAGACAGGCGCCAUUAAUAACUAUUUUGUGCACAGUGCCAGGGAAGCCUGCUAUAAUAAUGAUAAUAAUAAUAAGGUCAUUAUUGGCCACUCUAUAGUGGUUAUGUUCAUAAUAAUCUCGCCUCCUACUGGGUAGAAUGAAUAACUCCAGACAUUGCACCCUCUGUCUACCACAGCGACUUGAAUACUUGGAGCUACGAGCUUGUAUUACUGGACUGCUGGCAGACGAUUUUUUUUUCCAGUUAACUACUAAAACGAGGCAUUAGGCUACAAAGCUUCCGGUUUAGUCACAUUCAUUGUUAAGGCUCACCGAGACUAAGAGCGGAGAACUUCGCAAGAGGCUAAGCGUUGGUCUCGGCAGACAGACAGCAGUCCACCUGUCCUUGCUUGGCGCUGACGUGGACAGUAACUCAACAACUCUCCUUUUUCAACCCCAGCUUGUAUUAAUUUCUAAGAUGAUAGAAGCUGGAGAUAGAUACAUGUAAAUAUGUAAAAGUCUGGUUACACGAGUGGGCUGGUAAGGACAUUAUUAAGGCGAAACCGCGCGGUUCAUUUCUUCUAUCUUCACCCCUUCCAUGCAUAACGAUCGUCCAUGUGCUAAAGAAGUAAAUUGACCCAUGACUGGAUAAAAAAAUAUUAAAGUACAUCUGGGUUUUUUAUAUGCAGGAUUAUUUUUACAGCUUUCAAGUAUUCAGUUCAAGGCAGUUAAACAAUUCAAAUAGUAUUUAAUGUAAAGUAUUUUGUCCUUUCCAUAAGCUGUGAUAAAAUUGUUAUUCCAGCCUAGAGGUUAGAUCACAAAAGUGCAAAAAAAUUUGCACAAAGUUUUCCAAAUGGAAUAAAAUGUAAUGUUUUGCCCAUAAAAUAAUGCUUUGCCGUUGAUGAUAAGGGCAGUAGUGGGAUGUACUUGGUAGCUGCAUCCCCUGAUCCCCACUGACAUAAGGAGAAACAAUGCAGGGUAGAACAUAUGACCUCCUGGCUUCAGACCCUGCGAUUUUCUUAUUUUUUCUGAGUAUUUCGAGUGUCCUCUAAGGCAGACAAGUAAUAAAAUAAAUCCAAAAGGCCAGUUUGUAGAAUAACCAUGUUUGUACGUGGAUGAAUAAAAUAGCAUGCGCGUGCGUGUGUGUGCAAGUGUGUGUACGUGUGUGUUCAUUACUGCUGUGGAUGUAGUGGACAUGUGCGUUUCAAAGAGUAUUUAUUCAACCAUUGUUUCUCAGUUCAGGAAAGAAACAGUGAACGUUGCCAUGGUAACAAUGCGAUGAGACUUUCCAAUCGCUCGUGAUGGUGGACUGUCGAUGAUUGUGUCUUUCACAGGAAAUGAUGUGCGACCAACAUCUGAGAAGCUCCAGCACAUUAACUCACUGGAUUCUCUUUGCGUCUCGUGUUUCUUUUCCUUCAUCUUAGAACUAACGGACCUGUUCAGCAAUAUGUGCUUCAGUUGGGAUAAUGUUCAUGUGCGCUGGCCGUGUACAAACUCAUCGAGCUUUGCGACUAAAGGUCAUGGGUCAUGGCGAGUGUUCCAUAUACUCAGCUGCCGUCAUCAGACUUUCCUCUAAAGGCACUUCAUUCGUAUCGACUGUUUUAUCGUCUUUAUUCUUUGUCUUAGUUGGUUAAUGAGUUGGUUUAGUUGGGGCUGCUCCCGGCUGCUCGCUAUGUUUGUCUGUCAGUAUAGCAAUCUGCCUCUAUCUUAUCUCUGUGUGUGCGUCUGUGUGUGUGAUUGCUUUAUGCGUGUGUGUGUGUGUGCGUACGCUCGUUUGUGUGUGUGUGUGUGUUUUUGGGGGUGUUCGUACAUCAUAAAAAGAAAAUAAAAGAAAAAAAAGAGACCUAAUGGGAGACCUCUGUCAGCUAUCAGUUGUUCUUUCUUUCUUCGAUAUUCGCGCACCACAAAUGCAUACAUAUUUGUCUCAGAUGAAAGUAAAGUGGCAUUAACAUACUUCAAUUGUGUUUGAUUACGAUAAAUAAAGCCUUAUGGUAAUGUUUUAUGUCCAGAAAGGAUGGAUAUGAGUUGUCUGUUUAUAGGAUUUGAAAUUGCAGGCCUUGGCUUCAAGAACAAAGUCAUUUGGCAAUCGUGUUUUGUCAGGUGCAACAUUGUUUGUCGUGGGCCACAAAGUUUGCUUUCGAUAAUGAAAGCCCGAUAGUUGUAAAUAUUCGCCGCGUGUAGUGAUAACAGAGAGUGAACUGUCUCCUUCCACCCCCUUUACCUUCCCUGCUAAAUCAGCUACCCCCAUUUCUUGAGUUGCUGGGUGGACACGGGGAGGUUGUAUGGUAGGACAGAGCUUUCACCUGGAGAUGAUUUUGUACUAUGGAGGUGUGGUUAGGGUUAGGAGGGGGAUCUCUAGACCUAUUUUAAAUGAACAAAAGAAAUAAAACAUCCUUAAUCAAAUCUUAAACUUGACUCUUUUUCCUUAACCAUUUCGUAUACAUUUCAAAACCAACCAACCACCGUGCAAAAUACAGAGAGAGAAGCAGAUAGAGGGGAAAAAAAGGAAAGACUGGAGAAGAAAGAACAGAUCUGAAGUGACCAAGAGACUUGGAACUAAUUUAAAAUUAGUUCUAUCUUCAUC